GACAAUUCGAGCGCCAAGUGAAGAACUCGGUACUUCAACGCCACCACUUGCGCAUCUUCGUGGAAAAGCCACAGGUUCCCAGGGUUUCGAAAUCUGGUGGUAUCAGUUCAAGAUGUUUCUGCUGGAAGAUCAGCGGUUCAUCCACGAGGACCUCGAACGUCUCGAACAGGGCAUCGCCGAUCGCAUGCGCGAUGAGCCCAAGCACAUUCGCGAUCGAUUAAAUCGAGACCACGAAGUCGCGCAGCUUCUUGACCAAAUACAAAAACAAUCGGCCGAACUAUUACCCCUGUACGAAGACAAGUCAGCGCUUAGGUCCAAGGAGAUUCUUCAGAUCAGCACCGGCGACCCAUUCGAAGAGUUCUACCGACAGGUGUCUAAAAUCAAAGAACAUCAUGCGAGGUAUCCUAACGAACAAGCCGAGAACCCAGAGCAAUGGUAUCGACCGAGGAAGGGUGGGGACGACCAGCCAUACAUCGUCGAGAGCAUGUUUUCGGGCGAGGAGGCGUACGGGCGAUUCUUCGACUUGCACAACUGCCACGACUCUUACCUGAAUCUGCCGAAUGUGAAGCGACUGAGCUACCUGCAAUACCUUGAGGUCUUUGACAACUUUCAGCCAGGCCAGGGCGGAGUCAAACGGGCGGACAAGUUGACGGACCCGUACUUCAAAUACCUCGGCGAACUGAUGGGAUAUCUGGAGUCCUUUAUGCGGCGGACGCGUCCCUUAGAGAACAUUGAUCAGGUGCUCGAAGGCUGGCAGCGGGAAUUCGAGACGGCGUGGGAGAAAGGCGAGGUUCCCGGGUGUCAGACGGACAAGUCCGGGAAAGCCGCUACCGAAAGGACACUCAGCACUCCCGACGCAGUGUGGUGCGAGGCAUGCGAGAAGGAGUUCAAGAACGCGAAUGUCUAUAAGGGCCACCUCAACGGUCGAAAACACAUCAAGGCAGCGGAAGUCCUUUCCCAAGCGGAAAACGGCCGCGACGGUACGGGGAGCGGCACACAGGUAACGACAGCGCAGCGUCUUAAGGAGCGAGCGGUCGCCGAAAGGGAGUUUCGCAUCAAGAAGUUUACCGGGGCCAUGAAGAUCGAAAAAGACGACACGCGAGUGAACGUGGAACGCAGGUUGGGGAUGACGGAGCGAGAACGGGCGCAGGAGCUGGAGAACCUUUACAACAUGACUAGCGGGGCGCAAAACAAGGAUGAAGAGGAAGAUAAAGACGGUGGCGAGGACAAGCUCUACAACCCCCUCAAGCUACCGCUGGCCUGGGACGGCAAGCCGAUCCCAUUCUGGCUGUACAGGCUCCAUGGUUUGGGCCAGGAGUUCCCUUGUGAGAUUUGUGGCAAUUUUGUCUACCGAGGCCGGCGAGCGUUCGACAAACAUUUCAACGAGACGAACCACAUCACCAACCUCAAACGACUUGGAAUCACCGAUACAUAUUUGUUCCGGGACAUCACAUCGAUAGAAGAGGCCGUGAGGCUCUGGGAGAAGAUACAGCGAGACAAGGCCAAGAAUCAGAUAGAUGACGGAGCCGUGGUUCAGAUGGAGGACGCCGAGGGUAAUGUGAUGCCCGAAAAGGUGUAUCUCGAUCUGCAGAAGCAGGGGUUGUUGUAAGCGUUGAGACUUGGGACGAGGGGAACUGGCGCUGUAUUUGCGACUAUGAGCGUUGUACUGUACAGUAUUACAAGUAGCUUGUUUUGCCGAUACCCAGCGACGUUGUUAUCAGGAUUGCAGUGCGUGCGUUAAGUUCAGCAGUGGAAAGGGACUCUCA